CAGAAACCAGAAAGAAGGGUUGUGAAAGGGAAAGAAGAAGGGAGAGAGAGGGAGUCAAGACUGAGCUAGAAACGGAGAAAGAGACAGAGCAACAGAGAGGAAGUGAGGGAAGGAGGGAAGGAGAGGGCACAGCAAAUCUGGUAGAUAUGUCGAGAGGGCUAGAGAUAGUGGGGGUGUAAAAGAGAGUGGGAGGAAAGAGAGAGAGUGCGUCUGUCUGAUAGACAUAGUGAGGCUGUCUGGAUGUUCCCAUUCACUCUGCAGCAUGCUGUACUAAAGACUCACACCUUAACCAGAAGAGAGAGAGAGAGAUUGGAUCAUUGAGACUGAGAACACCUUCGACCUCUCUGUCAGUGAUGAUUCACCAGAGAGUAACGGGAUCCCUUAGGGUGUCUCUUUCACAUGAGGCCUAUGUGACUUAACCUCUCCACAACAACCUGUAGGCCAGGGAACUGAAGUGUCAGUAUAUGUGACGGCUGUGUGAACCAAUGAGCACCACACUAACCCCAGAGACCGGCCUAGGCAGAGAGAGUCUCCCGCCCAAGAAGAGGGACCCCAGACCAGGCCUCUCAGAGCAGCCUCCUGCUGUCACGUUCAAGGUCCCCUUCCCCUACAAGAGCCAUAAUGAAGUCAAGCCCUACAAUGCAUCUUACUCAGACCUGCUCCCUCCUACAUCUGCAUCUGUGCCCCCGCUAUACCAGCCCUGGACCCAGUCCCCCACCACAGCCUCCACCACCAGAGUCAACCCCUAUCUCCCCUCUCCUGUCAACGACAGCUAUGGCUGGGCUGAGUGGAAGGAGCACUAUUACAGAGGUUGGGCUGCAGUGCCUUCAGGGUGGGAAGUUCCCUACAUUCUCCAUCACCCCUCAGAAUACCCACGCCACCCCUCUAUCUGCAGACACAUGGCCUUGCCUACAGAGGAGCCCAGUGGGGUGGAAGCAGGGUACAGAUGGCACCUUAAUAAAAAAGUGAGGGAGAAGUUAAGUCCACACACCACACAGCAAAGCAGACAGAGCGGCCCAUAUAUGAGAAGAAGGAAACAGGGGGGCCACCAGCCACGACCCAGCUCAGGGACAGGUUCUGCCCCACUGAACACUGCUCUAUCUCCUACCGCCAACAGGAACCUACACCACCACCCUGAACUGGUAUACACAAACCUCUCCACAGCCCCCAAGUACCAUGCUUCAGGGCAAAGUCCUUUGGAGUUUGAGGCACAAUCUCCCAUAAGACCAUCACUUAUUGACCAAUCAACAGAGAAAUAUUGGACCAUGGGAGUAACAGAAAAAGUAUGUGUGCCUACACAUCUCUCCUCCCAUCACUCUUCCUACCCUUCCACCUCUUCUGACCAGUUGCCCUGGUUGCUCCCUCACUUUGCGGCAGGCUCUUUAAUCGAGCUCAAAGAUGGGCGGCUGAGGAGGGUUGAGGAUUUGAAGACAGAAGACUUCCUAAUCGGCGCGGAGGCUUGUCCAGAGCUGCGUCUGAGCUGCUGCACUGUGCAGCACAUCUCCCCCUCCACAGCCCCCUCCCUCUCCCGCCUCCUCAUCCUCCUACACGAGGAACACUCUCAGGAGUUCCUGGAUGUGUAUGUGGAGUACCCGUUCUUUGUACGUGGGCGUGGCUGGUCCUCCUGCUGUCCCCAGAGAACAGCCCGUCUUUGUGGCCUCCGCUGCCACCAACUUAGUGUGGGUGACGUCUGCCUGGCUCUCAUACCCACAUCACCCUCCGUUCCCCCACCCACCCAACCCCAGGGUCCUGGCACCCCAGCUAGAGGGCCUAAGCCCCUACAAACAUCCUGCCCCCAGGCUCCUCUUCCCCCUGCUCCAGAUAAGCCAAAAGCAGGGCAGAGAGGGGGGUUGGAACCAGCACGGAAGAGGCGUUGGUCAGCCCCUGAGCUGCGUGGCCAAGGCACCAACUGCCCGUACUGAUAAACACCACUACCAUAUGGAAAGGGAGCCAGCAAAGUCUAACUUUUGUUUUAUUAUCUUUAUCUCAACCUCACACUCUUUCCAUCCCUGUGGUUGUCUUUUUCUCAUUUCUGCUUGUCUUUUUUAUAUAAAGGUUUAUUAUGAUCAAGGAGGAUAGAAAUAUAGAUUUGACUCUCAGGAUUCUGGAUCCUAAGCAGAGUAUAAUUGCAGGUAUUGGUCUAAAAGCCAUGGAUUAUCAGGGAUGUGAGAGAGAAUAUAUCAGGCACAAUAUAUUACCUUGACCCAACUCUAGAAUUGCAAUUUUAAAGGUGUCACCCAAUAUUAUUAAAACUUGAAAACAUAAACACUCCUAAUGUUAUCAAUGAGAUCAUUCAGGGGAAAUACAUUCUAUGCUACCUCUAUAUUAGCAACUUUAAUUGACAGAACUGAUUUCUGUAUGUAGAACAGUGAAUGUUGAAGUAGGCCCCAGUGACUGUGAAUGGCUCCCUGUGUGCUGUAUAGCUGACAGUUGUUGGCAUUACAUUAUGCACUAGAUCAUUGGUGUCAUUGGUGUCCGGUCUGUUCUUUUACCUCAACUUUUGCUACAGUUUGACAAUCCUUUAUGUUCUGAAAUUCUAAUUGAAAUAUUUCUGUUGAUUAAGAAUAAAACAUGUUAAAGGGCUCUAUUCAAUCUGUAUGGCGGAAAUUCAGCGUUACAGAGUGAUAAACAUUUCAAAUGGAAUGUUCUGCGGAAGCAGAGACUGUAUUCACGGUAAAUGCAGGAUACAGUGAGCUCCAAAUGUAUUAGGACAGCGACAAAUUUUUUGUUGUUUUGGCUCUUUAUUCAAGCACUUUGGAUUUGAAAUGACUAGGAGGUUAAAGUGCAGACUGUCAGCUUUAAAUUGAGGGUAUUUUCAUUCAUAUCUGGUGAACCAUUAAGAAAUUACAGUGCUUUUUGUACAUAUUCCCCCAUUUUAGGGGACCAAAAUUAUCGGUCAAAUUCACUUAUACAGUAUAUGUAUUAAAGUAGUAAAAAGUUCAGUAUUUGGUCCCAUAUUCAUAGAACACAAUGACUACAUCAAGCUUGUUACUCUGCAAAUUUGUUUAAUGCAUUUCCUGUCUGUUUUGAUUGGGUUUUAGAUUAGUUUGUGACCAAUAGAAAUGAAUGGUAAAUAAUGUAUUGUGUCAUUUUGGAGUAACUUUUAUUGUAAAUAAGAAUAGAGUAUU